AUGGAAACCCCCAGGUACGAUACGAAAGAAACAUUUCGUAUUCGAGACAUUCCUGAAUCCUAUUCUGCAGAGGAGCUAGGCAAAGGUCUGCAGGUGACAUUGAAAAUGGAAUCCCGAGAGAUCGUUAUUCAUUCAUUAUCAACGGAACCAGGCUUCACCUCUCAGGAGCAGACGCGAACUGCUACUGUCUCUUUCAGCCGCAUCCCUCCCUUUUUUGCAGGUCGAGGCAGAAUGCUCAAUAUUGACACAAAUCAAGUUGCAUCCACCUGCUCUCUACUCCUCCUACAUGAUCCGAAAUCUGAGCUCGAAGAAGUUGUUGUAACCAUAGACCAACACUUCCUCGGAUUCACUCCACUCUCGCCAGCGCGAUUGGAUUCCGGUUCAAUAAUCGAAGGGAUGAUCAAGUUUGCACGGUCGGACCGAGAAACCUACGAUCGAGUGCGGUAUGUUUUGAGUGAAAUGGUUCAAGAUGCGGUAUCUGUGGUUGCGGAUCGCAUGAAUUCACAGCAGAACACCGCAGUUCUGGUCUCAGACCCGCCAAAGACGUCUCAAACCGAUAUGCCGCAUCGUUCGGCUCCAACUCAGAAGACCAACUUUCCUAUCACCUUGCCACCAUUUCUAGGCUCAAAAAUUAUUGUUGGUAGAGAUGAGACUAUCGCCGCACUGAUUCAACAUGUGAAGGAUCAGACGGAUGGAAUGCCGUGUUUUGCCUUAUUUGGCGAAGGUGGCGUUGGAAAAACACAAGCCGCCUUGAAAUACAUUGACGAGCAGCAUCAGAACUACGAUACUGUGCUUUGGGUCAAUGCAGAUACGACGGAGAAGUUGACUCGAGACUACGAGGUAUUGGCAAUCAAGUUAGGCUGCUUAGAUCGAUCUUCUGGUUCGUCUGAGACGAGCAAAGAGGCUUUGAAGACAUGGCUGCAAAAUAACUCCGGCUGGCUCUUGGUUUUUGACAAUGCAGACAAUUUUGAGGUGCUCGACUCAUUCUGGCCAGCGCGGAUAGGAGGCGGACAUAUUCUUCUCACCUCCCGCCAACCAGCAAUAUCCGAUGCUCCUUUCCUGACCUUCAGCAGGGAAAUUAAAUGUUCCACAGAUGAGGAAGGAGCCAGCAUGCUCUUAUCAAAGAUCAAAAACUACUCCCAUGACGUCAAAUCAGCAAAGAUGAUAUCAAGACGCCUUGGGGGCCUUCCAUUAGCGAUUUCACACAUCGCAAGCUAUAUAAAGAAGAAUUUUGUCUCUCUAGAGGAUUUCAUUACCCAAUACGAUGGAGAGGAAAUGGUUGUGAUUGAAGAACAUCAAGCUGUAUCAGCCACAUGGGGCUACCAACGUUCCUUUGCGACCUGCUGGAAAAUGUCUAUGGACAGCUUAUCCACACAAGCUCAGGACCUCUUAAACAGGUUAGCUUUAUUGGAUUCCGACGGGAUUCCCAAUGUUUUGAUUAUGCCAUCCACCGAGCAACCGACGCACAACUUUGCGCGCGAAACAUUAGCACAGAAACGUGCUCUCAGAGAGCUUGAGGAUAGUUCUCUGAUUCACUUCGCGCGAGAAAGUGUGAGCUUACAUGAAGACAAACCAGCAAUUCUGAUACACCGCCUGGUCCAGGAUGCUUGUCGCCGACGCUGGUCACCAGAGAAAUGGCAGGAAAGCUUCAAGACCGCUUGCGACAGCAUUUCGAGAACCUACCCAAAGCAAAAGAUGGGCCAGUCAAUGGUGAAGUUCUAUCCUCAAUGCAUAACUUACAGUUCUCAUGUUCUCACACUUCUUCGCCAUCUUAAAAACAAUCCAGACAAGAUGGAGGCAUCUCUGGAGUUUGCCGAGGUCCUGGCCCACUGCGGCUGGUAUCACUUCGAAAGAGGACAAUUCGAUACCGCAUUUUCCAUACUCGAGCGAGCACAGUUUAUUUGCAACCAAGUGAUGCCAGAUGAAAAGAACCUCAUUGUAGCCCUUGUUUACAACAACCUGGGUGGCGUAUAUGUCAGUUGGAGCAAGCGCGAAGAGGCAGAAGUGUGCAUCAAGACCUGCAUUCAGCACCGAGAAGCCUGUCUCACCCGCGACGAUCCCCAAAUUCAAGAGCUAGCUACCGUAUAUUCUAACUACGCGAAUCUUCUCCGCAAGGAGAAACUUCAUUGGGAAGAAUCUCGGCUCUACUACGAAAAAGCUCUUGACAUUCGGAAGACAUGCCCUGGAUGUACCCCCGAGCUAUUGGAGCAUACGCUUUUCAAUUACGCAAAUUGGUUUUUGCAGCAGGGACUUGUUGAGGAGGGUUUCAAGUAUCUUCUUGAGGCGAAAAAGCUGCACAAUUUGUUUGAACGUAUCUCUACAAACCAAUUGUACACAAUGUAUACCAUUGGCAAAGUGGAAUAUAUUCGAGGUCACACCAUGAAAUCCUACGAAACACAUAAGGAAUGUCUCAGUCAUCGGGUUCGUUUGGAAGGAGAGAAUCACUUCCUGACUGGAGUCUCGUUACACAAAGUAGGCUGCUUGGCCCUUGAGCUGGGCAAUAUGGAUGAAUGUAUCCUGUACCUUCAAAGGGCCUUGAAGGUCUUCCGAAACACUACUGGUGAUCGAGGUCUGCUUCCUCGAACAUUGAUUCAACUUGGGAGGGUCUUAACAGUCAAGGGAAAUCAGGACUUAGAUCAAGAAACACUGGAAGCUGGGAGAGUAAUGCUGAGCGAAGGUACCGAGCUAGCGAAGCAACAUAGGGGAAGAAAUGUUCCUUUGGAAACUGAAGCGGAUAUCAAUCGUCUGGUCAAAACAACCUACCAGUGA